UGUAUAUUCCAGAACAUGCUCUGAGCAGGCUGAAGUGGUCCUAUCCACUGCUACACAAAGAAGACCAGUACUUAAACCAGCUGGCCCAGGCAGUGGUACAGUUAAGGCUUGGGGAACCUGCAGAGGCAGAGGCCUGCCUCAUGUCUAUACCCAGUGAGGGCAUGAUUCAGGCCUGCCUGAGGUACCACAACAUUCUGCAUGUUGAUUUAACUUCCUUGUCCCAUGUGGCACAACUUUCCCGCCAGUCCACCCCCAAAAUGUUCAUUGACAUCCUGGUGGCUCUGCAUGAUGAAGGGGUUUUUACAAUGGAUGUGGCUGUAAAGUUAUUGCAGGGUGAACUGUCAACCACAGACCUGUGGACCAAUACUCACAUCAGAGACUACCUGGAGAUGCUGCUGAGCAAUCCAUCAAGACAGUUCAUAUUCAAGGAAGGCUCAAUUCUACUGGCUCAGAUCUACUUGGAUCGUCUGCGUCAUUGGAGGCCAGUUCAGACUCGAACUCUGCCCACUCCUGGGCACUCUCACAUUCCUAAAGGAAGGGGGCAUUUUGGGAAGAGGCAAGCCUGGCUGGAUGAAAUGACACCUUUCAAGGGUACUCAGUCCAUCUUCCAUCAGCCUUGCACCAAGUUACAGCUGAGUGCCGCCCAGAGUAAACUCAGGCACAGGAUCGCCUCGGACCCAGUACAGAUCAACAGAUCAAGGCAGGCGGCAGACUUGGUAACGCCAGAGAUGAAACAAAGGUCCAGCGAGAACUUAGACGUUCACACAGUGGUGAGAGAGAAGGCGGGGAAUGUUGAAGGGGAAUGCUCCUGCUGCUGUUGUAAUGAGGAUUUAUUGAAGUUACAGGUUAGUUUGAGCAUCGAGUCAUUUUAA